UAGUUCUGCACGUUACGCAGUAUAGUGCAGAAUGAAUGUCUCAACGUUAUUGUAGUACACUGAGCGGUUAAGUGAAGUGUGAAGUCACAUGACUUCAUACGGAACGUUUUGGUUUUAUUGGAGGGAAAAUCCAGUUCUAGGCUUGACUUCGGCUACGUUACACGUACUUUUCAACAUGGACGAAGGAGCAAUGGAGGCGAUGAUACAAGAAAAAGUGCAGUCAGCACUGAAGGCAAAUAAUGAAGAUUUAUUGAAGAACAUUGGAAGAAUGAUGGAAAAGAUAAGUUCACCUUCAAUUGUGUCUGUUAAUAGCACUGAAAUACCAAAAUUUAAACGUAAGAGCAAUGAUGAACAGUUCAAACAUAAUUCAAAAGUUAUGACGAAGUUAGAACAUAUUGGGAGUCACAUCAGCUCAGGCAAUAUUGAAAAAGCGAAAGAAUCUCUCAUUGAAGCUAAAGACAUUGUGAAAAGGAGACAGAAACUGAUACAGCUAGCAGAUUCGUCGUCUUUAGGCUGGCGGGUUGUCGCAGAAUAUGAGACAAACCCAAUAGCGUCUGACAGUGAAGACGAGAAAAGGAUUUUCAAGGCGGAAGCCAGGGCUACAAGAAAAGUAAAAUCUGAAAAAAGCAAAUCACAAGUGAGGCACAGAAGCUGGCCCUAUACUUACAAGAGACCCUCACAGGCUUCAAAGUCGCCAUUGGCACCCGGGACUCAGCGUUACGGGCAGACGAAUGCUUCCGGCCAACGUACCCGGCACGGUCUAUGUUUCUCUUGCGGAAACUAG